AUGAGGUUCACUUAUAAAGGCUGGCUCAAAACGUCGUCUAUUAUAAAACAGAAACAAUUUCGGAAUAUCCUCAUGACAAACUUGAAUUUAACUUCUACUGAUAUGGACAAAUUUUUUGAUACAAACAAAUAUGCUCUUAGUGUUUUUCAUCAUCGAAUAAUAAAAAAUUGUUUGAUAUGUCAGAAAUAUAAUAUUAAAGUGGAAUUUAGUGAGAAACUUCACUAUUGUCUGAGAUUGCAUGACUAUACAUUAGAACAUAAAAUUAAUGUAUUAAAAGAAUUAGGAGUGCCAGUUAUAAGUACAUCUUUAUUGAAUCAUACACUCUAUCAUCUUCGCACAAAAUUAUCAAUGUUCAAAAAUAAAGUUAAUAUUCCAGAACAGCAAAAUAUCGCCGAGAAUAUAUUUGGUGGUGAAGUUCCUAAAGACAUUUCUAAAUUGGAAUUGAAUGAUAAAUUGACUGUCCAGGAAUACUAUCAAACAUGUCUUUUGUAUUGCAAAAAUCAGAUAUUCAAUCUGCCAUAUCUAGACGAUAAGAUAUUAUUGCACAGUUACAUAAAAAUGAAGAGUAUAAGAAUGAUUGCAGAGACAUUGAAAGUACUCAGGCUUGAUCUCCAUUAUGAUGAAAAAAUGAUAAAAAGGAAUCCUUCGGUUAUCAUUGCUUCUGCCGAUAACAUCAGAUUGCUAUUGAAUAAUUCUACAGAAAUCUUAGGAAUACCAAUUGUAACGUUUUUAAGAAAAUAUCCCUUUAUACUUUUACAAGAUGCAGUUAACGUUAAACGAUUACUGAUGUUGUUCGAAAAGUAUGAAAUACCUAAUAAAUAUUGCCAAGCGAAGUACUGCAUGAAUAUUUUUCUAUUAAAUCACGAAGACGUCCAAGAACGACUAGAAAUGAUAAAACAGCACCCGGAUCUGAAGAUGUGGUAUAAGCAUCCGCGAAUACUGCAAAUUAUAUACCGGAUAAACCAAAUAAAACGACGCAUAGAAUACUUUAACAUCAUGAAUUCUUGUAAUUGGAUCAAGCCACAAAUGUUCCUGUCUUCAAACUCAUUAAUGGACAGAUCUUUGCAAACCGGCUUAGUUUCAUCCCGAAAAAAUUUAAAGCAUAUAUUUAUACAGGAAUUGGGAGUAGAUAAAAGCAAUUUGCUAAGGAGGCAUGAACAUUGGAAAACGGUUUCAUUUAUUGAUAUUAUGCAAAUGUUACAAUACUUAAAGACACAUUUUACGAUAAAUGACAUAUGCUCCAAUAUACACAUCGUACUUUAUGAACAAUCGAUAGUGAAAAAAGUACUGGCUGAUUUAAAACGACAAUAUCAGAAUACAGAAUACUCGUUUACUAAUAGCCAGUAUCUCGCAUUGUGCCUAUACAUGUUGGAAAAAAAUAGUCAUUUCACAGGUAAUGGUGUUUGGAUGAAACACCAUCAUGAACAGAGCACAAAGGAGCAAUCUUUGGAAAAAAGAAAUACUACAAAAAAAUUUGAUGAUAGUACAAGUACUCUAGAAAACAUCAAUAAUAAUUUCAAUAUGAAAGAUAACAGUAAUAUUGAUCAUUAUGAUACAGAUAUAAGGUUGUAGCAUUCAGUAACAAUAUACUUAAUGUAAAUAGUUGGAACAAUAAUAUACAUAAUAUACAUAAACGUUUUUACUUGUACAGAAUAUUUUACAGCAAUUCAUGUUACAGAA